UUCAUUUCAUUCAAAGAAUAGAAAUAUAGAAUAAAGUUUACAAAUAAUUCCUAUUAUUUUUGUCUGAAGGGAACAGACAAAACCAAAAAUGACGAAUAAUUUAUUUAGCGAAAAGCCCAUAAGGAAGGAUAUGAAUGAAUCAACGAGUUGAGAGUUUCUAGAAACGCUUAUCAUCAAAUAUCUCUAUAAAGCGCGACACACUCUCCUCUUCCACCUUCAUCAUCUUCUCUCUAUCCACUCACCUUUUUUUCUCUCACUGAAACUGUUACAUCUCUCACUCUUUUAAUCUUCUACUCUCUUUUUUUUCUUUUCGAAAAGAUCUUUGAUAUUAAUACUUUGGUGAUGGAACUCAUCCCUAAUCUUCCAGAAGACGUAGCUCGCGAGUGUCUCCUGCGCUCCUCCUACAAACAGUUCCCUGUUAUGGCCUCCGUUUGCAGAGGCUGGAACCGUGAAGUCUCUCUCUCUCAGUUUCUCCAGCAACGAAAAGCUUCAGGACAUAGCCAAGAGCUUCUUAUCAUGUCGCAGGCUCGUGUCGACCCGGACAGAGAACCCGGAUCCGGAAAGAAUUCCGCGUCGCAGGAAUACCGGGUCGCUGUUCUCGAAUCCGGGUCGGGUCUCUGGACAGAGCUUCCUCCGAUUCCGGGUCAAUCCAACGGACUGCCUCUGUUCUGUAAACUUGUUUCUAUCGGGUCGGAUCUCAUUGUCUUGGGUGGGCUUGACCCGGUUACGUGGCAGGCCUCUGAUUCGGUCUUCGUCUUCAGUUUCCUCAACUCCAAAUGGCGCGAGGGAGCAACCAUGCCAGGUGUCAAGAGAUCAUUCUUCGGAUGCGCUUCGGAUUCACAUCGGACGGUGUUGGUUGCGGGUGGACACGACGAAGAGAAGCAAGCGCUGACGUCAGCGAUGGUGUAUGAUUUGGGAGAAGACAAUUGGACUAUUUUACCGGACAUGUCGCGGGAACGAGACGAGUGCAAGGCCAUAUUCCACGCUGGCAAAUUCCACGUCAUAGGUGGAUACGCCACGGAGGAACAAGGGCAGUUCAGUAAAUCUGCUGAAUCAUUUGACAUGUCCACGUGGCUAUGGGGUCCAUUGAAAGAGGAAUUUCUCGACGGCGGGGAAACUGUUAGCACUCCGAUAUACGCCACCACCGGCGAAAACGGAGGAGAUCUGUACGCGUGCUGGCGAGGAGAUAUAAUGGUGCUGAGAGAUGACACGUGGCAUAAAGUAGGGCAGAUCCCUGCUGAUGUGUACAAUGUGGCGUACGUGGCAGUGAGGCCAGGAAAGCUGAUUGUGAUCGGCAACGGCAAGGCUUUGGCUGGUUACGGUGGAGCCACCGUAGGGUAUAGCUGUGAUUUAAGUAGCUUUCGAUGGGUUAAGUUAGAAACACAUGUUGGUCACGUGCAAGCUAGUUGCUUCUUGGAAGUCUAAAAUAUGUUAACCUCCAAUCUUUCGGAGUUUAGACCUAAAUCCCAACAAAAAUCAUAGUAGGCUUUCUUGGGUGAAAGUAAUAAAAUAUUCUAUAUAAAAUCAGAUGAUAUGGUAUUUAUCCAUUUACAGUGUUGAUGUCUACUAAAUUUUAUGCUUUCUUACAAAAAGAAUUCUACUGGAAAAUUCUAAUGGUACACCUACUAGUUAAGUAUCUAUAGUAUGUAGUACCAAGUACCAACUAAGACUUGGACCAAUGAUGUGAGUUAUGUUUUCCUUUGAGAGAGGAAAUGUGAUUGUGUGAAAUACAGUACAGAUGAUUCUGAUGUCAAAGAAAAAAGAAAAGAAAUAUAAAUAAUCCUAAGUAAGCUGAUGGGCUGAUUAUAUUAAGCCCAUUAUAUUUUUAUUGCAAGUCCAAUAAAUCACAUAUCUGUUGAUGCUUUCAAAAGGGGCUUGGGAUGGCACUGAAAUCAGAUACUUUUAGGUUGAGAAAAUGGAAGGCUAGAAUUUGAGAAAGAGAUUUGAAAAUUUGGAUUACACCUGAGGGACAGAGUUCGAAGAUAGACUGACAGAUGACUUUAAAGAGAGACGCAGAGACACCCUCUGUUACAAAGGGAAAUAGACGCCGCUUCAUUCUGCGUCACAGCUUUGUCUUUAAAUCCAACGGCUGGCAGGCAGCUUUAUGACACACACAAAUUCAAUUGAACGGAGCACACUGUUAUCGCCACAAGAACUGACCUUAUUUACUUUCUUCCCUAACCAAAAAAAGUCAACAUGUAGGUUAUCUAUUCAUUCACGUUCUUCUCUUACAUCAUUCAUCAACUUGUUUUCAAGUGAAAUAAAUUGUUUGACACUAGUAGAUGGCAUUAAAUAAGGUAAUAUGUAAUUAAUAUUUUGCUGUAGUUAAUUUUCCAAACUAUGCAGCUUGUGUUUUUAGACCUCCC